UGGAGGUGUCGUUUUUCUAGUACCAAGCUAGGAAAUUCAAGAUGAUCUUCAUCAUUCACUUAUGAUUAAGCAAAAGAUCAACCAAACCUCUUAUCAUAGCAUGUUACUUUUUGUCUUCCCCCUUUUCCCCUGAAGAUCAAAAGCCUGCAGUAGCAGCCAGCCGCAGCUAAAGAAGAAAGAUAAAAUUAGUCAAAUACACUACACUGCUCUGCUUAUCUCAUCAUAUGAACAGAGCCAUUUCUGAUUCUGACAGUGAUGAAGCAAGGAUCAAUCAACAACAAGCAACAGCACUUAUGGGCAACCAUGGUUAUGCGCAAAUGGCUUAACUUAGGAAGAAACGAGUCUGAUUACAGUGCUGACCCUGAUGAUGAUGAUACUGAGGAUGACCCUGAAAGUGAUUCAGACAUUGAAGAGUGUGGAAGACAGUUGCGGUUCGAGGACAUCAAAGAGGAUGAAGCUCUAGAUGAAUCAAAUGAUUUCCUUCCAAGGUUAAGGAGGCAAAAGUCAUUAACUUCCAGGUCUCAAUACAUAAACAAGAAAGAACUAAGAGUAAGUGUUGGAACAUGGAAUGUUGGAGGAAAACUUCCACCUGAUGAUCUUGAUAUUGAUGAUUGGCUAGGCAUUCAUGAUCCAGCUGAUAUCUAUGUCCUUGGUCUUCAAGAGAUUGUACCCUUAAAUGCUGGUAACAUUUUUGGUGCUGAGGACACUCGCCCUGUUCCAAAAUGGGAAAAUAUAAUCCGAGACACUCUGAAUAGAGUUCGAUCGAUAACACCAAAGAUGAAGUCCUUCAGUGAUCCUCCAUCUCCAUCAAAAUUUAAACCAUCAGAAGAUGUCCCUAACAUAGAAGAAGAAAUAUUUGAAAGUGAUAGUGACAUUGGUGAGGAAGUUCAUCCUUUGGAUGAAGAACACAACAAUGUCUAUGAUGGAACCUCAGAUAAACCAAUCACCAAUAGUUUACAAUCAUCAGAUGCUGCUGUUAUUGCCGACUCUGAAGUGCAAGUUAAACAUGUUCUACAGACACAGGUUUCUUAUCCCAAGAGUUUGAGUCGGCUAAAUUGUUUCCGCGAUGAAUAUUUAUCAGAAAACAUAGAAACACCACCUGCACAACCACAACUAUCUAGAAUGAUAAGUGGUUCUGAAAGGAUUGGUUUGUGUUGGCCAGAGCCACCACUACAUCUUCUACCACAGAGAGUGUUGGAGAGACCAACUUCUUUUAAAUCUUUCAAAUCCUUCAAUGCAUCAAAGUCUUUCAGAACAUGUCAAUCAUUCAGGCAAAACAUGGAUGACAUAGGUUUGCUCGGUGAGAUUGACCUUGGAGCUUUGAUGAAGAGGAAAAGAAGAUCAUCAUAUGUAAAGUUAGUGAGCAAGCAGAUGGUUGGGAUUUUCAUCACUGUAUGGGUUCGGCGCAGCUUGCGAAAACAUAUUCAGAAUUUGAAGGUGUCAACUGUUGGUGUUGGUGUUAUGGGCUAUAUUGGUAACAAGGGAUCAAUAUCUGUGAGCAUGUCCAUAUAUCAGACGCUUUUCUGUUUUAUAUGCACCCACCUUACGGCUGGUGAAAAGGAAGUAGAUGAACUAAAAAGAAACGCUGACAUUCGAGAAAUACAUCAAAGAACCCAUUUCUUUUCAGAUAUUGGACUUCCCAGAAGCAUCCUUGAUCAUGAGAGAAUAAUUUGGUUGGGUGACCUGAAUUACCGUAUCAACUUGUCAUAUGAGAAAACAAGAGAUCUUAUCUCAAAAAAGCAGUGGUCAAAAUUGAUUGAGAAAGAUCAGCUUAUCAAAGAAAUCCAUAAGGGUGUAUUUGAAGGAUGGUCAGAAGGAGUUUUAAACUUCGCACCAACUUACAAGUAUGUGACUAACUCAGAGAAGUACUAUGGAGAGGAUCCAAAGGUUGGGAGGCGUACACCAGCAUGGUGUGAUCGUGUUCUUUCAUAUGGCAAUGGAAUGAAAUUACUUUGUUAUGGAAGGAAUGAGCUUAAUUUUUCAGACCACAGACCUGUGACCGCCACCUAUUUGGCCGAGGUUGAGGUGUUCUCUCCAAGGAAGCUACAGAGAGCACUUACUUUCACCGAUGCAGAGAUUGAAAAUGAAGAAAUCAUGACAAAUUUUGGCACUUGGAACUAAGCUGCAUAAUCUGAACAGUGCAGGGUAUGAGUUCUGAAUGAUGUAUUAUACUUACUGAGUUGAAGGAGCAACAAUGACAGCUAUUUCAAUUGCUCAAGUUCACAUUGUCAUUACUAAGUAUUAAAUAUCUUCAUUUGAUUUUUCUUUUUUGAUGUCAAAACUUGUAGAUAAAAGAGUUGUAUAACUUGGGUAUAAGGUGUCUUGUGAAUAGGAUUUAAAGCUAGUUGAUAGAUUGCCGCUGUAUAUUUUUAAUGUUGUGGUGUGAUUUGCAUUUCAAGACCUUUCAUGGGAAGCUUUCUGCAUGAUUGUAGAAAUAAAUGGAAGGCAUAUUUGCCUAGAUGGUUGGUUCUCAA